AUGGGAAAACUUCGUAAGCAUGUCGGGAUAUUGAGCCUACUCCUAGUGUUGCUCCUCGGUAUAGCCGAGUGCCGGAGAAUCGAGGAAGACACGUUCUCCGAAGGCGAUGGAGGAGGUUUCGGCGGUGGGGGUGGUUUUGGAGGUGGAAAGGGGGGUGGUGGAGGAUUAGGUGGUGGUGCAGGAGGAGGAUACGGUGGUGGUGCCGGUGGCGGCGGCGGUGCUGGUGGUGGUUUCGGAGGUGGAAAGGGUGGUGGCGGAGGAAUAGGUGGUGGCGCCGGUGGAGGAUCCGGUGGUGGUGCUGGUGGUGGCUUUGGAGGUGGUAAAGGUGGUGGCGGAGGAAUAGGUGGCGGAAAAGGUGGUGGUGCUGGUGGUGGCUUUGGAGGUGGUAAAGGUGGUGGCGGAGGAAUAGGUGGCGGAAAAGGUGGUGGUGCUGGCGGUGGCUUUGGUGGUGGAAAGGGUGGUGGUGCUGGCGGAGGAAUAGGCGGUGGAGGUGGUGCAGGGGGUGGCGCUGGUGGCGGCUUCGGAGGUGGAAAGGGCGGCGGAGGAGGCAUUGGUGGUGGCGCAGGAGGAGGUGGUGGUGCAGGCGGAGGUGCCGGUGGUGGCUUUGGAGGUGGAAAGGGUGGAGGAGGAGGAAUUGGGGGUGGACAUGGUGGCGGUGCUGGAGGAGGUGUCGGUGGUGGCUUUGGAGGCGGAAAAGGAGGUGGUGCCGGUGGUGGAUUCGGCGGUGGAAAAGGUGGUGGCGUAGGGGGAGGUUUUGGUGGAGGUGGUGGUGCAGGUGGCGGUGGAGGUUUCGGCGGUGGGGCUGGAGGAGGAUUUUAA